AAAAAAAAACAGCAGUCUUCAACAGUUGCUAUAGAGCCAACAACCUGGCAAGGUUCCUGUGAUGAUCAAAAAACAAAAGGCAAGUUGAGAAACAAAAACACAGGGGCUUGGAACAGCAAGAUGGCAUCACAUGCAUUGUUGUGCCCCUUCUCCAAGCUGCUGGCUCCAGCCAGUCUCCCAAGCAGCAAUUCAGCAUGGUCAAAGUUCUAUGUUCAGGAGUCAUCACACGACAGACCUGACUGGCUGAAGGUUGGAUACACCUUGACAACUGUCUUCUUUCAGAUUUAGCUCAAACAACACAGUAAAGAUGCUUUAGAGUAUAAAAGAAGAGAUGGGUUGGAAUAAAAUAUUCAAACAGUAAUACGGUAUGCUCCAUAUAGUGAUUAUACCAGUUCCUUUGGAUUCACCAGUAUGUGGAGUUGUAAAUGUGGGAGAAAAAGUUCUGUGUACAUAUGUCAAAUCACCCUAUGGGUUUUGUGUCAUUAAACGGAAAA